AUGCUGAUAGAAGAAAAGUUACACCAUCGGGUGGACAUAAAAACGUAUGCAGUUUUCUUGCUGCCCUGUCUUCUAGCGGCCGCUUGUUUCUGUAAUGGACUGAGUGGCCAGUUUGUUCACGAUGACGUGUUCGCCAUCAGGAAUAACCCGGAUGUUACGGGUUCGAGUCCACUACUGCAGCUGUUUGGAAAUGAUUUCUGGGUGGACGCAUGGAUGAUCCUAGGAGCCACAGAUCCUACAGACCACUUUGCAUUUGAUUACCUUGUCAGCGGUGGAAACCCUGUGUGGUUUCACGUCAUCAACACGGUACUACACACCAUCGUGACCCUGACCCUGACCUGGGUGUGUCUGCACGUGCUGCACACAUCUACCACGUGUGCUGUCCUGACCAGUUGUCUGUUUGCUGUCCACCCCAUACACACCGAGGCGGUGAGAUAUUGUGUUGAACCGUUUUCUUUUUGUGUUCAUAUUCACAUGUUUUCUGAAAGUGUAUUUACAAUCGCACCAACAUUCUUUGGCCUGGCUCUGACAUUCCCCAGACUUUUGACAUUUCUGUAUCUUCCGACAUUCAACAUCUGGCUGCUCCUGUGUCCGGCCACACUGAGCUAUGAUUGGGGCGGAGCCAGCAUCCCGUUGAUGAGUUCUGUCAGUGACCUGAGGAACAUCGUCUCUGUGAUCUUCUACCUGAGCCUCGCGCUCAUGGUUUGGACAGGUCUCCAGAAAAUGUUCAAUACAAACAAAUGUGGUGCUGAGGGUACUAGUGCCCUUUCAACGAUCAUGGCUGUAUGCUUGAUGGUGCUGCCGUUCCUGCCUGCAUCUAACUUGUUCUUUAGAGUAGGUUUUGUGGUGGCGGAGCGAGUUUUGUACAUCCCCAGCAUGGGUUACUGUCUGCUCGUGACGCAAGGCUUCCUGACACUCCGGUCUCGUCUACCCGGGCUCAGAUCUCUGCUGAUGCUACUGUACCUGCUUUUACUGCUGGCGUUGGCAACCCGAACCUUGGACAGGAACCAGGUGUGGCAAUCCCGCCAUUCAUUAUUCUGGUCAGGGGUGCGAACCCUUCCCCACAACGACAAGAUACAUUACAACCUGGCUAACCUGCUCAAAGACGAAGGCAAUAUUACCGAGGCUGAGAAACAUUACAAAGAAGCUAUAGCACUGAACCCCGGCUUUGCCAGCUACCAUCUCAAUCUGGGCACGCUGCUCAACAAUAAUUCACAGGCUCGGCACCAUUAUCAAGAGGCAUUGAGACUCCAGCCGCAACACAUGGGAGCCAUGGUGAACCUCGGCAGCCUGCUAUUGAACGAAGGCGACCAGUCUGGUUUGGCGUUGAUUCAGCAAGUCCUGACAAUGGACCCUAACAACUUUGAGGCGGUAGUGACUAUGGCCCACGCCCUGCUGGUCAACGACAGCUUGUCUCAGGCCGGAAUCUACAGCACACGGGCUGUCACCUUGAAGCCGGACUCGGCUAAAGCCCAUCUGUGUCACGGCAUUUACCUGCACAACACAGGACAAACUGGCAAAGCUCUCAAAGAAUAUAAAGCCGCACUCAGGCUGGAACCCAACGACAGCACAGCUCUCCUGAACUCAGCGAGAAUCUUCUACAAAGACGGACAACUCCGGGAGGCAGAAAGACAUCUAGAAAAAGCACUGGGUCUCAACCCAAACUGCAGCGAAUGCCUGACCUUGCGGGGCUCUGUCUACUCCCAAACAGGCAACCAUCAGCAGGCUAUACUCAGCCUGGCCGACGCUGCGAAGAUGGCACCCAACAACACCUUGACCAAUCUGAAAUACAUUCAGGCAUUAAAAAGUAGCCUUCAGAAAGUCAAGGCCAGGCUGGUGCUGCAGGAACUGAUAGUUCGCGUCCCUGGUGACCUGCAUAUUCUCAAGUACGCUUUCACACUUGCCAUGGAGGAGGGCAGAUACACGGAGGCACUCCAGCAUAUCCAAGAGGUUAUCAGUCUUGUAACGUCUGCUGGAGAUAACUCCCUGAGCGGUCUGUACCGAGAUCUUGCGGAGGUGUACAGGCACAUGAAUGACCCAGUCAGUGCACUCCAGGCAAUAGAGAAAGCUAUACAGUUUAACUCAACCAAUGUGGAAGCCAUUAUUGAUGCUGGGAGCUUUUAUUUCCUUCAAAAAAACUUCAGGCAAGCUGAAAGUCGCUACCUGCAGGCUCUGAAGCUGGAACCUAGCAACGGGCUGGCAAAACUCAACUUGGAAAAACUCAAACAAGUCUACCACAAGUCGAAAAACUCUAAGAGAUGA